UGGAAUUAUAUAAUUAUGUUGAAAUUUUUGCUUAUAGUAUUAAUUGCAAUAAAUUUUAUUUAUUGUGCGAUUGUAAUUAAUAAAAUUGUGGUACGAGUGCCUAAGGAAGAUGAUAUUGGAUUGAUAUUUGAUCUUUGUGUGGCAAAUACUGAUAUGAAUAAUAAAAAAGAAAUGUUAGAAUUUCGCAUACGUUCCGAUGGAUCAUGUUGUCUUAAUAUAUCGGAUGGUAAAAUAAUGACAGAUGCUAGCAGAAUAGUUGGUGGGAAUUUUGGUUCAAUAGAAGCAGGUGCUGUUGAGACAGUAUCACUCAUAUGGCCGACUGUGUCACUUUAUAAUCGUGUGGGAUUUUGUCCAAUUAUUAUUGUUUCUAUAAAUGCCAACGACGAACAAAAGAAAUUUAAACAUAUGCUGCACUUUGAUACGCGGUUUGCUACAUUAGAUCCAGAAGGACGCACCUUGCGGAGACAUAAAAAUUAUAAGGAUUGUAAAAAUUGGGAUAAGGAAUACUUAAAAAAUUGUACUCCAGUUAACUGUGAAGAGCGAUAUUUUGGUCGUCGUAAUUAUUAUAAUCAUACUUCUGAGCAAUGCGAAGAAGUGCCCCGUUGCGCCGAACACAUUGAAAUUUACGAUAUUUAUGGCAAUGAAUGCAUAAAUCCCAAACAGUUUUGCAAUGAAAACGAUUUGGAUAUGAUUCGCAAGGGCAAAUAUCAGGAAGAGUCGUUAGACCCGUCUUCAAGGUCGCAUUCGGGACAUCCGCACGUUGUUGUGAAUCUGCCUGAUGAUAAUAAACCGACUCCAAAUAAGGUAAAAAAAUCAGAUGUUAAAACCAUUCCGUCUUCGAGACAUCAAAGAGAAAAUGCUCAAAGCGUUGCCACGGAACCAACGACAGCUAAUAACACCAAUGAUGCCCAAAUGCCAUAUUGGUUUAAGGGUGUUUUUGAUGGAUUACUUAUAGUUGGCAUUAUUAUAUUCUUUCAGGUCUUCGCCACAAUUGUUAUUUAUAUAUUAAUAUGCUUCGUAAUAUACUUAAUUGUAUCCUGGAUAUCAAAACGUAAUUUGAAGAAUCGUUCUGUGGCAUUUGUAAUAGAGAGUCCACAUAGUUCAACAGUCUGCACGACAUCGAGUCUAAUGUCGCAACGUUGAAGUUUAUUAUGUUUUUAAUUAAUUUCUUUCUAACGAUAUUACAAUUUUAUUUUGUUAUUAAAUUUUUUAAAAGUUUCUACAAAUUGGCAAAUAAUUCGUUUAAAUAAUUUUGAACAUACAGAAUAAAGAGGAAGCAGAGUUAUUCUAAACUAAAUAU